AAAAAAAAAACGAAGAAGGGAAAAAGUGCAGGCGGUUGCAGAAGCGGCAACAACUCGGAAAACCUUCGCCUCGCUAAAUCCUGCUCUGCUCGCUAAAUCGCUCCUCCGCCGCCUCAAAACCCUCUCGACUUCUCUCUCGCGCCGGCCGCCGUCCGAUGGAGGAGGACAUCGCGCCUCAGGGCUACCUCUACGAGACCCUCACCCCGCUCUCUCUGUCCUCCGGCGCCGCCGCCUCGGCCGCCGCCGACAGCGAGCCCUCGACGCCCGUUGACCGCGAGCCUUACUCUGUGUUCAGGAGCGAGAUCUCCCUCUGGCCGCUCCCCUCCGAUCCCUCCGAUGCCGCCGCGCCGGAUUACUUCUCCCUCGACGUCGGCGACGAGCCCGAGCCCGAGCCCGAGCCGCUCGAGGCUUCGGCUGCCCCCGCCUCUGCUGCGGCGGCGGCGGAAGUGGCCGAACCGAAGACGCCGGCUAGGGAGACGGGGGCGAGGCUCGAGAGCGGGUGGUUCCGGGGGAACAGCAGGUUCGAGAGCCCCAUGCUUCAAUUACACAAAGGUAGUCCUUUGCGUUUCUGUGUUAAGCGUGUUUAUGUUUUGGCUAUAAAAAAACUUGUCAUGCUAGAUAGUGGAUUUUGUGACUUUCUAUCACCAACUCCGGAAGAACAAGCCUCGAGGAAUGAAGCUAUUAAAUCUGUCUUUGGUGUCAUUAAAUACAUAUGGCCUAGUUGCAAUGUAGAGGUUUUCGGGUCUUUCCGAACUGGACUUUAUCUUCCAACCAGUGAUAUUGAUGUUGUGAUCCUAGAUUCAGGUAUCAGAACUCCACAAUUAGGAUUACAGGCCCUAUCGAGGGCAUUGUCGCAAAAGGGUAUCGCAAAAAAUAUGCAGGUGAUAGGAAAAGCACGUGUCCCGAUUGUUAAAUUUGUGGAGAAGAAAAGUGGUGUUGCAUUUGAUAUAAGUUUUGAUGUGGACAAUGGACCCAAAGCUGCAGAGUUCAUUAAGGAUGCUAUAUCUAAGUGGCCUCCAUUGCGACCUCUAUGUCUCAUCUUGAAAGUAUUUUUGCAGCAGAGAGAACUGAAUGAGGUUUAUUCCGGGGGUAUAGGAUCUUAUGCCCUCCUCACCAUGCUGAUGGCAAUGUUGCGGAGUAUUAAUGAGCGUGAAGCUUUUCGGGAACAUAAUUUGGGAGUGCUAUUGGUGCAAUUCUUUGAUUUCUAUGGACGGAAGCUAAACACGUCGGAUGUUGGUGUAUCUUGCAGAGGGGCAGGAAUAUUUUAUUUGAAGAGGGACAAAGGGUUUUUGAACCAAGGUCGGCCAUCCUUAAUCUCCAUUGAGGAUCCACAGACUCCAGAAAAUGACAUUGGAAAGAACUCUUUCAAUUAUUUCCAGAUUAGAUCUGCUUUUGCAAUGGCCUUCACUACUUUGACGAAUACCAAAGCCAUCAUGGGCCUUGGGCCCAACCGGAGCAUUCUUGGUCUGUUAAUCAGACCGGACCCUGUACUGGUUGAUCGCAAAGGUGGUUCUAGAGGAGAUGUCACUUUUAGUAGCUUGCUUCCUGGGGCAGGGGAAUCAUUACAACUGAACCUUGUAGAUCCGCCAGAGAUGUUUUGCAACUGGCAGUUAGAUGAUGAGGAAGAGCCACUGCCACGGGGAAGUGGAGUGUCUGCAUCUGGUAGCGAACCUUCCAAGAAGAGAAAAUCUGUUCCCAAGGGGAAGUCCAGUAAGAAGAAGGUUAAAGAAGGCGGAGGAGUGGAGAUGCCAGGGCGUGAAGAGAAUGGCACUAAGAAAGAAAAGAGUGCCAAGAAGAAAUAUCUUAGGCACGAAGAGAGUGGCACUAAGAAAGAGAAGAGUGCUAAGAAGAAAUAUUUUAGGCAUGGUCAGUAUAAGGCCAAUGGUUACAGCCAUCAUCAAGGCAGUGAUUCUAAUUGGAACAGAUAAUAAGAUCUUAAGGUGAUUCGUGCAUGGAUUUACAGGAGGUUUCGAUGGAGUGUGAGAGAGCCACACUGCGGAAGUGUAAUUAUGCACCCUCAAAGGCUUUGUGGGCAAGUUUUUCGCGGUUGCCCAUACUGAGGCCAAGCCUGUUGGAACCAGAGACGUGCAAAAAAUGUACUUAGGACAGCAGAUUUUCAGUCCUAGGGAAUACACGAGUCACGAUAGCUGUGAAUUGAUAAUUUUAUGACCCCAAGAUGUUUAGCAAAUCUCCUUCUUGCAUGAUUAGUCCUCUUAGCGGGUGUAAUUUGUUCUUUUACAUGUCUUCCCAGAAAAAAAAAUGUAUCCUUCCGAACUCCGGUUCCGUUUUCUGAUCUCGUUUCACAGUUAGUUUUAUGUCUCCACCUUGAAUCCUUAAGGGGACGAGGUGAGAACAGGGUGACCGAACUACGAAGUUUUCUGAGCCGCUCUCUGUU